AUGUCAAAUACAUCUUCAUAUGAAAAUACAGUCGAACUAUUCAAUAAUUUCACACUUCAAAUUGAUCGAUAUUUUGCAGUACUUAUAUUUAUAUUUGCUGUUGUGGGUAAUAGUCUUAAUGUUCUUGUUUUAUCACAACGAACACUACGUUCAAAUCCAUGUGCUUGGCUCUUUCUUACUUCAACUAUAGCUGAUCUUAUUUCAGUACUAUUUGGUCUUACAACACGUAUUCUAGCUGGUUGGGCAACAGAUCCAACAAAUACAAAUUCUUUGUUAUGUAAAUUUCGUGGAUUUAUUUUAUUUAGUUCACGAACAACUGCAUUUUGGCUUAUUGCAUUAGCGACUGUUGAUCGAUGGAUUGCAUCAAGUCGAAAUGCUCGUUAUCGACAAAUGAAUACAUUAAAGAAUAUUAAAAUCUGUUUUUUAUUCUUUACCGCAGGAAACCGUCAUCAUUUUAGUGUAUUUCCUUAA